AUGGGUCACUAUAUUACGGUAUCAACCUGUAACCUUAACCAAUGGGCUUUGGACUUUGAAGGAAAUAGGGACAGAAUCAUUGAGAGUAUUAAGGAAGCCAAAGACCAUGGGUCCAGCCUUAGAGUUGGUCCUGAAUUAGAGAUCACCGGAUACGGAUGUUUAGACCACUUCUUAGAAAAUGACUUGUAUGACCAUUCUUGGGAAAUCUACUCAGAAAUAUUGGCUAAUACUGAUACCCAUGGUAUUUUGGUAGACAUUGGAAUGCCAAUUAUUCAUAAGUCUGUCAAAUAUAACUGUAGAGUCAUCUCCUAUAAUGGGAAGAUUUUAUUGAUUAGGCCAAAACUUGUGUUGGCUAAUGAUGGGAACUACAGAGAGAUGAGAUAUUUCACCCCUUGGUCAAGACCAAAGUAUUACGAAGAAUACCGGUUACCUAUUGCCAUCCAGAAAGUUACUGGACAAUCCACCGUCUAUAUUGGUGACUGUGUUAUUGAAACUGCUGAAACAAGAAUUGGGGCUGAGACUUGUGAAGAAUUGUUCACUCCUCAAGCUCCUCACAUUGCCAUGGCUUUGGACGGAGUGGAGAUCUUCACUAACUCUUCUGGUUCUCACCACGAGUUAAGAAAGUUGGAUACCAGAUUAGAGUUGAUUAUGGAAGCUACUAAGAAAUGUGGUGGUGUGUACCUUUAUUCCAACCAGAAGGGUUGUGAUGGAGAUAGAUUAUAUUAUGAUGGAUGUGCUUCCAUCAUUGUCAACGGACAAAUGAUUGCCCAAGGUUCCCAAUUCUCCUUGAAGGAUGUUGAAGUUAUAACUGCAACCAUUGAUUUAGAUGAUAUCAAGUCCUUCAGAAACCAGAAGCUGACGGGGAUUCAAGCGGUUGCGGAAAGGAAUCCAUUUAAGUCCAUUGAAGCAGGUAUCGAAUUGAGUCCUCAAAGUAAUGUGUUUAACCCGUUAAUUAGACCUUCAUUGCCCAUUUCGGUCAAGUAUCAUUUGCCUGAAGAAGAAAUUGCAUUGGGUCCAGCUUGUUGGUUAUGGGAUUAUUUGAGAAGAUCCAAAUGUGCUGGGUUCUUUUUACCUUUAAGUGGUGGUGUUGAUUCAUGUGCUACUGCUACUAUUGUUCAUCUGAUGUGCAGAUUAAUUGUUCUGAGUUGCGAAGAUGGUGACAAGCAAGUCAUUUCUGACAUCCAGAUGUUGACUAAAUCACCAGAUUGGAUUCCCAGGACACCCCAAGAAGUGGCUGGAAAGUUAUUCUACACAAGUUAUAUGGGUACCAAAAACUCCUCUGCUGAAACCAGAUCAAGAGCUAAAGAAUUAGCAGACAAAAUUGGAUCAUUCCACGUCGACUUGAACAUGGACUCUUUGGUGACUGCUGUUGUUUCUGUGUUUGAAGUUGCAACUGGACGUAAACCAAUUUUCAAAAUAUUUGGUGGUUCCCAAACAGAGAAUUUAGCUUUACAAAACAUUCAAGCUAGAUUAAGAAUGGUGUUAAGUUAUUUAUUUGCACAAUUGUUACCUUGGACAAGAGAUAUUGCUGGUGGGCUACUUGUUUUGGGAAGUGCUAAUGUGGAUGAAUGCUUAAGAGGUUAUUUGACCAAAUAUGAUUGUUCAAGUGCUGAUCUUAAUCCAAUUGGGGGUAUCUCCAAAACUGAUUUGAAGAGAUUCAUUGGUUGGGCUUGUACCAACUUUGAGCUUCCAAUUUUGAGAGAAUUUAUAGAAGCCACUCCUACAGCCGAGUUAGAACCUAUUACUGCUGAUUAUGUUCAAAGUGAUGAGAUUGAUAUGGGUAUGAGCUAUGCCGAAUUAUACCGAUUUGGAAGAUUACGGAAAGUUGACAAAUGUGGACCAUUGGCCAUGUUUGUAAAGUUAUACCAUGAAUGGUCCCAACCUCCAUACAACUUGACAGCUGAACAAGUCGCUGAAAAGGUGAAAAGAUUUUGGUUCUUUUAUGCUAUCAACAGACAUAAAAUGACAACCAUGACACCUGCUUACCAUGCAGAACAGUAUUCCCCCGAUGACAAUAGGUUUGAUUUAAGACCUUUCUUAAUCAAUCCAAGAUUCCCAUUGGCCAAUAAGAACAUUGAUAGGUUGGUGGAAGCUAUAACUAUUAGAGAAGAUGAGAUCAGAAAGGUUAACCUUAGUGUUGAUUAG